AGGAUAGCCAGAUCAAUUGGACUAAUUAUGGAGGCGGAGGGGAUGGUAAUGACAGCAUUGAUAGGUAUUCCAAUAUGCUUCUUGCUGAGUUCAUAUUUGAAUACCCUAUACUUGUGGAUAAAGAUCAUCAAUUAUGUUAACUUCUCAAAGUUGGUGGAAAAAGUGUUUCCAAUGCUUGGCAAACUGAUGAUUGGAAUCCAAGUAGUCCUAUACCUCUUGAUACUAUUCUUCUACGUCUUCCGAGUGACCUCAAUUGCCGUCAACAUUACAUUUGCAUCUAUUAUUAUCAUGGCAGGAGUUGGUUAUGGUAUCUUUGGAAAGAUGAUUUGGAAUGAGUACAGGUUCAUAAAUAGUCGUAAGAAUAGUGUAUGUAGUCAGAGCAAUCAGUUCAAGAUCCAAAAGGUAUCAAUCAUAUCGGUCGUCGCUAUCAUCAUCUCAUUCUGCUCAUUGGGUGUCCUACUCUGGUUGUAUCUUAGCCGUGAUGAUGGUCCAGUGUACGAAGUGAUCCUGUUCAAUGUGGUGGCCAGGGGUCUAGAGGCAUUGUGGAUCGUCACAAUGAUACUCAUCCUGGCACCAUCCAACCAUCACGACACCAGUGGUAGUACCAGCUCCAGCAACAGCACCAAUGAUUCAUCACAUAAUCUGCAAAAGACGACCUCGUGUAGCAGCAUUGAGAUGACCACGGCAAACAUGUCAACAGAGGCCGGUUCAGAGUACUAUUCCAGGGAUUCUUUUGCCAGUAGUGAG